UGAGUUCCUUCAACGCCGCAAGAGGCGGUGUAUAGGCAGCGCUCCCGUCCCGAGUCCCGAACAAGCACCAUCUCCUCCCCUUCAUCUCCCCAUUCCCGCGUACGGCAGCUUUCUCCCCUUCCCCUUGCAAAGCCCUAGGCCUCCUCUCGUCCUGCUCCUCGAUCUCCCCACCGAAACCCUAGCCGCUGCCUUCGAUCGACCCCAUGGCGGCGCCCGACCCAACUGCCUCCUCCAGAGUCAGCGCGACGAUGCUCAAAGUACUAUUCAAGGCCGCCGCAGAAGACGAUCUCUCCCUCUUCGAAGGGCUGGUUACGGUGCUGGACGAUGGCAGGGGCCACCCCAGAGAGUCGAUUGAAUUGCUCAGGUCCCAGGAGGUAGAGGGAUUGGAAGGCCUAGGGGUCCUUCACGCUGCUGCAUCGACUGGGAGUCUGGAGGUCUGCGUGUACCUGAUUGAGCAUCUUCUAUUUGAUGUUAAUGCCAUCGACCAUGAAGGUAGAACCCCUCUGUUUUUGGCGGUACUUAAGGGUGUAGAUACUGCCAAGUAUCUUCUUACCCAAGGAGCUGACCCAAAUAAAGCUACAACGGAUGGGAUUUCUCCUUUGCACUUGGCCGCCGGAUCAGGAGAUCCUGAAGCUGUCGAACUUUUGCUUGAGUAUACUGCUGAUGUUGAUGCAGUAGGGUCUUGUGGGACACCACUCCACUGCGCUGCUACCAAAAACCAUGCUGCCACUAUCAUGAUUUUGCUGAAUUAUAAUGCAGAUUUCAGCAUAAUGGUAAAUGAUAAGACACCUCUCGCAGCUGCUAGAGAUGCUGGCUCAACGGACUGCAUGCUUCUCCUAUCAAGGGCGGAGGAGGUCUCCAAGGGGAGUGACCAUACCAAGAAGCGCCUGUUUGAGCCUGGCACCGACAACAAUGCGGCCCUGGACUCAGAGAUCUUCUCUGAGUGUUGUGGGGAAUUUCCAGAAGCGAUAUUCCAGCGUCAGCGGGCCUUCAAAAGGCCAAGGGCAGACCUUUCAGAGCUCAGCCCAGAAGCUGGAGGCAUAGUUAUGGUUCAAGGCUUUGUCCAAAGUGCUAGUAAGAAGGGAAAGAAGUUGGCGCUUGUGGUCUUGCGUGAUGGCCCGCGCACCCUCAAGUGCGUCAUCUCUGCAGAUACGGUUGGUGCAACUGAUUAUAUGGUAUCAUUUGCUGGGAAACUUGAAAGAGAAAGUUACGUAGAGGUACACGGCGAGCUCAGGCUGAAUGAUACAAGCCAUGAGAUCGAGUUGAGUGUGCGGAACCUCUACUGUAUCACAAGGGCCUUACCUAAAUUACCUUUCCCUCUUGAGGAUGCUGCUAGAGGAGCUCAUGUGCAAUUUGACCAGAAUAUGAGGAAGCUUCCACAUGUUGCAUUGAACAAUCGAUUAGACAAAAGGUUCCUGGAUUUGCGAACCAACCCUACACGCUCAAUCUUUCGUAUCCAAAGCGCAGUCACAUUAAAAUUCGUUGAAAUCAUGGCAGGCAGUGAUUUUAUGAUGAUGCACAGUCCUAAGAUAACAUCAGAGAUCAGCAGCAAGGGAGGAUCAGCAGUUUUCAAGCUGCUAUAUCCCAAUGGUAAGACUGCAGCAUUGGCACAGUCUCCGCAACUUUACAAGCAAAUGGCCAUUAAUGGUGGCUACAAGAAAGUGUUUGAGAUCGGGCCAGUGUUCCGGGCAGAGAAGUCUAAAACUCAUCGACAUUUAUGUGAAUACAUUGGGCUUCAUGCAGAAAUGGAAAUUGAUGAGAAUUAUCUUGAGGUGUGCUAUUUGGUUGGCUCGAUAUUUGUUCGGGUCUUUGAUUACCUAAAACACAACUAUCAAGAGGAAAUAAAUCAUGUAAGGGAACAAUAUCCCUGUACAGACCUUAAGUAUCUUCCCAAAACAGUGAUGUUGAAGUACAGAGAGGGGAUACAGAUGCUUAAGAACUCUGGGUUCAAGAUUGAGGAAUUCGAUGAUUUGAAUAAUAUCGCUGAGAAAAAGCUUGGAAAGCUGGUCCUGGAUAGAUUUGGCACGGACUUCUUCAUUUUAUAUGAGUAUCCGCUCGCAUUAAGGCCGUUCUAUACAAUGCCAUGUGCUGAGAAGGUGGAUAUUGAUCCUGGUCACAGAUAUAGUAACUCUUUUGACGCAUUUAUAAGAGGUGAGGAGGUCCUAUCAGGAUCUCAAAGGAUCCACAACCAUGAUUUCCUUAUUCAAAGGAUGACGCAAUGUAAGCUGGACCCUGAUUCGUUUUUCUGGUUCACUGAAAGUUUCAUGUGUGGUGCACCACCCCGUGGUGGGUUUGGAGCUGGGCUGGAGCGUCUCGUUAUGCUUUACCUGGGCUUGCCAGAAAUUAAGAUGGCAUCGAUGUUUCCACGCGAUUGCCAACGCUUCGUGCCCUAACUCCCAUAGUAGAAUCCUUGCAACCGUCUGAACUGGAAUGCUCUAGUGUAGCUAUAUACCUUAAGUCUUUACUGUAAAAUGUACCUGUGCUCUGCCACUGCGAUACCGCUAUGAUCUGCGCUGGGAAUUGAAGUCUGCUUGUCGAGCAUGGAAUAGGGGGAGCUUGCUGCUGCGCUGGUUCUGUGUUGAUUUGUAAUGUGCAACAGCCUUUUUGAUGUAUUUUACAGCGUGAGAUCUGAGCACCUCAGACGAACUUUUUUGCA